AAGAAGUAAAAGUUCACGUGAUUGCAGUCAUAUGAUGGGUCAUAACAAACAGUGAAACCUGCUUCUAGUUGAGCUGUCAUUGGAGCCGUUCGACAUUAUCAUGGUCUUAUUAACUUAACAGUUUUUGGAGACAACGUUAACUAGUAUUAACUGUUAAUUUACUGAAUUCGCUUGUAGCACUACGUCGUGCUAACAGCAGCAGAAGUUCCAGGUGGACUGAGCUGCUGUAAACAUGCUACCUGUUUCCCUCCUCGUCAUUGCUUUUGCAGCUCAAACCUCGGCUCGGUUCACUCCGGACUGGGAGAGUUUGGACGCCAGGCCGCUGCCCUCAUGGUACGACGAAGCCAAGCUGGGUAUUUUCAUCCACUGGGGGGUGUUUUCUGUGCCCGGGUUCGGCAGUGAGUGGUUCUGGUGGCACUGGCAGGGUCAGCAGCCUCCGGACCAGAGCUGUGUCAACUACAUGACCAAGAACUACCCACCUGGGUUCAGCUACCCAGAGUUUGCGCCUCAGUUUCACGCUCAGUUCUUCGACCCAGAGGAGUGGGCAGACAUUUUUAAAGCUUCUGGUGCAAAAUAUGUUGUCCUGACUGCGAAACACCAUGAAGGAUUUACUAACUGGGGCUCUCCAAGCUCCUGGAACUGGAAUUCUGUUGAUACUGGUCCUCACAGGGACCUAGUGGGAGAUCUGGGAGAGGCUGUGCGCAGCAGGUCAUUGCACUAUGGACUCUACAACUCCUUGUACGAGUGGUUCCACCCUCUCUAUCUGAACGACAAGAAGAAUGGCUUCAAAACGCAGGAGUUUGUGUUGCAUAAACUCCUUCCAGAGAUUUAUAACAUGGUUGUCAGGUACCGACCUGAGGUGAUCUGGUCUGAUGGAGACUGGGAAGCACCUGAUACCUACUGGAACUCCACUGAACUCCUGGCCUGGCUCUACAAUGACAGCCCUGUUAAAGAUACCAUUGUGACCAACGACCGAUGGGGAGCAGGCUGUGCCUGUAAACAUGGGGGCUACUAUAACUGUGAAGACAAGUAUACUCCAGGCAAACUGCCCAAACACAAGUGGGAGAAAUGCACGUCUGUGGACACUCUCUCCUGGGGUUACCGUCGAAACAUGAAGAUGAAGGAACUUAUGGACCUACCCACCAUUAUUGAGGAUCUGGUCCAGACUGUGGCUCUUGGGGGUAACUACCUUCUCAAUGUGGGUCCCACACCUGAUGGCAUGAUCCCUGCUGUGUUUGAGGAGAGGCUCAGGAGUGUUGGAGCCUGGCUGGAGAUCAACGGAGAGGCCAUCUAUGCCUCCAAACCUUGGAGGGUGCAGACCGAAAACAGCACUGUACCAGUCUGGUAUACAUCUAAGGGAACCACUGUUUAUGUCUUCAUAACAACCAAACCCCCAAAGCCUGCAGUCCAACUGCUGGAACCUAAAACAUCACCAAGCACUAAGGUGACAUUGUUGGGAGAUCCUACGUCCUUAUCAUGGUCCCCAGUCCAUCCUGAUGCUGGCCUCACUGUCCUCCUGCCUGAGCUGCCUUAUAUUCCUGCUCAGGUGUGGACACUCAAACUGGAAGAUGUCCAGUGAGCCUUAACACUGAAAGUGUUGAAUCUCUGUAUGAUUGAAUGUUUAGAAUUUGGUAAACUCAGGUAGGGGAAUGGGAAAACUUCUGCACAAUCACUGAAGCGACGCUUGUGUAAUAGCUAAGUAUUUUUGCCACAAUGAAAUAAUGGAACACUCCUUUUCAAUGAUUCCUUUGUUGCUCUGAGGACUAAAAUUUGAAUGUGUCCCUGCUUUGUAAUUGUAUGUUUUUUAAAAUUGCAUGAUUGUUGAUGAAAAGUGGAGCCUCCUGCUCAGCCUUUGCAACUCUUCUGGCAGUUUCUCAAUUGUCAAAUUGCUUUUUAGAGAAAAUUCAUUAUUUGACCAGUUUGUUUUGAAAAUGAAUAAUUUGCAUACAAAACACUUUUAAAAAAAAGUUUUUUAAAAAAUAUUGUUGCUUUGUUUGAUUUUUAGCUUGUUGGGUUUGUGAAGAAUUAAAAUCCAGUAAAGCAAG